GAUUGAUAGCAAAAAGAAGAAUAAAGGAAAUGCUAAUCCUAAAGUUGCACAAAAGAAUGUUGAAAAACUUGAUGUCAAUGCAAACAUCGAUACGCCCAAGAAAAUUCCUCAGUUGUCUAGAAUGACAAGUGUAUCGGAGAAUGUUAAAGGACUUGACGUUAGUAUUAACGUUGGCACAUCGGAAUCAACCGAAAAGAUAUCUUCUAAAUCUCAUUCCGAGAGUAGUCACAAUGUUUCUCAAAAUGUUAGUCCGUUGUCAACAGGGGGUGCUACGAGGAGAUGCGAAGAUGAAAGGAGGACAAUCAUAGGGAAAGAUGAUCAGAGAAGCAGUGUUAACAUUGCUUUCGUCGCCAAUAUUGUCGACUCUUUGAACUUGGUGGAAGCUAGGCUACCAAAAAAUAAAUACCUUUUAUCAAAAAAUCGCGAUUUUUGGGAAACCAAUCACAUUAUGUAUCUCAAUGAGCAAAGCACUAAACACGUUCGUCGUAUUUUAUGGUCAUAA